AUGGGACUUCCCAAAGAGUGGAGGAAUGUGAGUUUGAUGAUGAAGACACAACAAAAUUUCGAUUUUUUUACUCUUAAUGAUCAUUACAAUCUGCUAAAAGCUCACAAAAAUGAAGUAAAUGAAGUAGCUGAAGAGUCAAAAAUCAAUCUGGGAGGUCCAUUAGCUUUGGUUUCGAAAGUAUUGGGAAGAGUAGGGGGGAUGGAAGCUACUGAGAAGGAAAGCUCUGAAGACGAAGGUCUUAUCGUCAACUCUGAUGACGAAGCGGUGGCUUUUUACUUCAACAAUAGAGUAAAGAAGUUUUAUAAGAAUCCAUUCAAUGGAAAGUUGAAAGUUGGUGAAAUGAGGGGAAGCAACACUAGGAAGGUUAGUGAUGAGAAGAAGUUUGAGAAGAAGGAGGUUAAAGCUGAAGAUUCGGGAGUUGAUUGUCAUUACUGUCAUGGUGCAAAUCACAUGGUAAAUGACUAUAUGCUGAAAAAGAAAGAAGAAAAGAUGAAUAGGGUUAAGGAUGAAGCAUACUAUUCCAAAAAUCUGGAAGAAUUGAGGGCAAAGUCGAAAGGGAUGUUACUAGUAGCGAGAGGAGAAUAUGAGGAUGAGAUCAAAUACCAAAUAUGGUCUUCAGGCUCGGAUGACGAAGAAAUGAUAAAUCUGACACAUGGAGCCAUGUUUGUGAAGUUUGAGGAGGAUGAAGAUGAGAAGAUUAUUGGUCGUUGCUUUGUUUUGACAUCAGCAGACAAAGCACCAAUGACUUCGAAGGUAUGUUCUCUACUUCAAUCAUUUAAUAUUCCUUCAAGUGCUUAUAAUUCUAUGUUAACUGAGUUUGAUGAUGUUGUUACUUAUGUUAAUAAUCAAGUGAUAUCUGCUAGCAAUGAGGCUAAAAAAUCUACUAAUCAGUUAGUAGAAACCCAAAGGAUGUUGGAGGCGAAGAAGGCUAAAAUAGAUCAUCUAGAGAUGCAAAUAACAAACAUUAUGAUUAAUAUAGAUAGUUUUAAUGGAGGUAAUAGGAUUUCGUUAAAACAAAGGAAUAUUUAUUGUAAUUCUGCUAAAAGACUCUAUUGUAAAAUAACUGAAUUGCAUCAUUCUAGUGACAUAAGUAAAGAACAACAUAAGAAGCUUCUACCAUUCUUAUCUUUCGAAAGGGAAAAAGGUGAUGCUACUUCAUAUGAUUCUGAGAUGACUAUUUCAGACAUUGAUAAAGUCCCUGAUAAUAGAUAUCGCUAUGGAAUAGUGAAAAUUGAUGAACAUUUAGAUGCUAAUGAUCUUGUUGAUAUAGUUAAUAAGACUUUGAUUGCACAUGAAAAAAUCAAGAUUUUGAAAAAGAAUCAGAAUUCGACUUCUGACUCUCAAAGCAACUUUGCUGAUAUCGGAGAUGACAAUAUCAAUGAAAUUAAAGUAGAGGAGGGUAAAGAAAAAUGUCAAGAUUUGAAUAUUAAAGUUAAUAAAGACCAAUCCCCUACUUCGAACGUUUUUAACCCUGACCAUGUGACUGUCGAAGAUAGUCAGACUGACAAUGAUGAUGAUGAUGAGGUUUCGAAGGAAACAAAAGAUCCAAAUGUUUUGAAAGAAACACAAAUUCCACGAAUUGCUAAAGAUCAGGUGUAUAAAGAAACGAAGAAAUUUGACAAAACCAUGAAAGAAAAAAGUUCUCAUUAUCUUGAACCUAAUUAUGUGGUUUAUCCAAACUUCAAGUGCACUGACAAUGUUGUCUUUUCAAACCAAAGCCCAAAAGAAAAGAUUCAAAGGAUUUCACAAGCAAAUGGGAUUUCAAUGAAUAAGGCACGAAACAAAGCUUAUAGAAAUACUUACGUGUCCAAAAAGAAACAACAAAUAUUUUCUUCCAAACCAUCUGAAAAGAGAAAGUCUGAAUUUGUUAAGACAACAUCAGAAAAUCCAUUUUCUGCUUGCAAACAAGGAAAACAACAUAGGCAAGGUCAUCCGAUUGUGAUUGAUUCCAAGAUCGUCAAACCUUUGGAACUUCUUCAUAUAGACCUUUGUAGUCCUUCGAUAGUUGAAACACUCAACAAGAAGAGUCUGAAGAAAAAGGUUUGCAAAAUCAAGAGUGAUAAUGGAUCUGAGUUCAAGAACAAGAAUGGCGUUGUCGAAAGGAGAAAUCUUUCAUUACGUGAGGCAGCAAGGAUGAUGUUGACAUAUGCAAAUCUUCCACAAUAUCUCUGGGCAGAAGUUGUUUCUACUGCUUGCUUUACUCAAAAUCAGUCUUUUUUUCAUAGAAGAUUCGAUAUUACCCCUUACGAAAUCAUUAAAAACAAGAAACUGAAUGAUUCAACAGUAAUUGAAAAAACUGUUGAUCAUCAUUCGACAACAAAUUCUCCGGUGUAUAACGAAAGUCUGCCAGUUUUACAAAAUGAUAAGGUGGAGGGGGAGCACUUAACAUCGACUACUCAUGUUAAGGGGGAGCAUUCUUUCGAGAGGGAGAAUGGGAGAACGAAUGCUGGAUCAGAGAAUGAUGAAACAUUCGAAGAUGCACCUUCGGACUUUGAUCCAUCAUAUCCUCCAAUGGAUAAAUGGACUCAAAAUCAUCGAUAUCAACAAAUUCUUGGUGAUUCACAAGCUAGAAUAUAA